UUAACCUGCCAAACAGGCAAAGUGACUAGGCACACGACGUUAGCACGUUCAGGUCUCUCACAAACUUGUAUUUUGGUCCAAUGGCGUCACACCUGUGCUUCGUGAGGCCCUCCAGGAUGAGCCUGCAGCGAGCCGUCGACGACGACGACGGCGCCAUGACGGCGGCCGAGUUCAAGGAGUGGCUCCGGCGGUUCGACACGGACGGGGACGGGCGCAUCAGCCGCGACGAGCUGCGGCGCGCGAUGCGGGUGCUGCGUGUGCGGUUCACGGGGCGGCGGGCCAGGCGCGGCAUCAGCUACGCCGACACCGACGGCGACGGAUUCAUCGACGACAGCGAGAUCGACGGCCUCGUCGAGUUCGCGAGGAGGAACCUCGGCGUCCGGAUCGUCGCAUGUUAG